AUGCCAGUAGAACAAAUAGAAGAUCCAUUCAUAAAGGUAAAAGCAACGCCGUUAUUAAUCAAGUUUGUAAAAAAAAAUGUAAAUAACAAAGACGCUCCUGAAAGUAUACGGUCGUUGAAAAAGUCAUCAAACAAGUCAGACUGUUUAUUAAAAGUAGAUGCUAUUGAGUGGUUAAAUAAUUAUUUGAUAGAGUACAGAAAAACAUCAGAUAGUAAAGUUUAUUUACAUGAAUUAUUGGAUGGUACAAAUAUUGAUUUGCCUAAACCUAAAGUGACACCCAGAAAUCCAAUAUUAGAAGCAAGAAUUAAAAAAUUGACGGCCCAACAAAAUAACCGUGAAUAUCACGCUAUGACUAAGGAAGUUGAUCCAGUUAAAAAAAGAUUGCCAGAAGACACCAUUGCAUUUCAAAUAAAAGAAAUAAAUAGACAACUUAUUGCUAUUUUGCAAUUUAUAACAGCUGUGGCUUCGGCGUUUGCAUUUGGUUUUUGGGGAAUUGAACUAAUUCUUGGUAAUCUUGAUUUUGGAUUCCGUUUGUUACUUGGAAUAAUAUGUGGUCUUAUUGUUGCGUUAGCAGAUAUUUAUUUUCUAGCUAAAAAAUUGAAUGAAGAUUAUAUUGAAGUAACAAGACCAAUGCCAAUUUAUACAAAAUUACAUAAAGAUUAA